CUAAUAAAAAAUUCACACAAACAACUCGUUAUCUUCUACUUUCUCUCUACCAGUUUAUACAUAACCACAAGUUCAUAACCAUGGUUCAUGAAAGAAAGAUCGUAGAAGAAGUUUCAGGCUGGCUCAGAGUCUAUGACGAUGGCUCAGUUGACAGAACAUGGACUGGUCCUCCUCAGGUCAAGUUCAUGGCUGAACCAGUUCCUGCCCAUGAACAAUUCAUAGACGGAGUCGCUGUCCGUGACGUGACCGUUAAUUCAAACUCUGGUCUUCGUGUUAGAAUUUAUUUACCGGAGACCAAUCUUGAAAGCAAUGAUAAUAAGCUACCAAUAAUCCUCCACUUUCAUGGCGGUGGUUUUUGCAUUAGCCAAGCUGAUUGGUAUAUGUAUUAUCACAUAUACACUAGGCUUGCUAGGUCAGCUAAAGCCAUUUGCGUCUCUGUUUUCCUCCGUCUUGCCCCUGAACACCGCUUACCUGCCGCCAUUGAUGAUGGGUUCUCUGCUCUGCUCUGGCUAAGUUCUUUGGCAAACGGCAAGUCGCAGGAGUCAUGGCUAAAUAAUCAUGGAAAUUUUAAUCGUGUUUUCCUUAUUGGAGAUAGCUCCGGAGGAAAUGUUGUGCAUGAAGUGGCUGCACGUGCUGGGCACAUGGAUCUGAGUCCGUUAAGACUCGCGGGAGCAAUUCCGAUCCACCCAGGAUUUGUCCGGUCGGAAAGGAGCAAAUCGGAGCUGGAGCAACCGGAAUCACCCUUUUUAACAUUAGAUAUGGUGGAUAAAUUUUUGGGUUUGGCAUUGCCAAUUGGAUGUAAUAAAGAUCAUCCAAUAACGUGUCCAAUGGGAGCAGCUGCGCCGAAGCUAGAUGGCCUGAAACUGCCGCCAUUUCUGCUGUGUGUGGCGGAGAUGGACUUGAUAAGGGAUACUGAAAUGGAGUACUAUGAGGCAAUGAAAAAGGCUAAGAAAGAUGUGGAGUUGCUAAUUAACCCUGGAAUGGGACACAGUUUUUACUUGAACAAGAUUGCUGUAGACAUGGAUCCACUUACAGCAACCCAGACUAGUGUCCUUAUCAAAGGGAUUAUAGAAUUCAUCAAGAAGCAUUAACAAUUAAUGUAUUUUCCAAAAAUUUCAGUCUUCUUAAUUAAUGUAUGUUAUGUCAUUGUAAAAGAAUUAUAAUCGAUGUAUGUGUUGAAUCUCGUAUUUCUAUCUUUGUCUACAUAUUAAUUUUGGACUUUUUGAAAA